UCCAAAAUUAUUGCCACGCUUUUAUGCAACGAAGGAAAACAACAUGGCAUCAUCGUCAAGGUUCCUCAAAAUGUGUCUGUUUUCUACGUUGCUCUUCCUCAUCUUCAUUUCACCUUCUUUCUCAUCUCCUUAUUAUCCCACAAGCAAUGACCUUCGCUUUUCUUCAACAGCAUCUCUCCCAAAACUAAUGGCAGAAAAACUCAUUAGAGGGCUUAACCUCUUCCCAAAAGAUUCCAUUAACACACUUGUGAAUGACCCUCAUGAUGUCACAGGAACCAUUGUGGAGAAGAGGUUCACUUUUCCUAGUCUUGCUGCGUCAGCACCUUCUGUUGAAGAUCUUGGUCACCAUGCAGGCUAUUAUCGCCUUCCUCGUUCCAAAGCUGCAAGGAUGUUCUACUUUUUCUUUGAAUCUCGGAACAGUAAGGAUGACCCCGUUGUCAUAUGGUUGACGGGAGGACCAGGAUGCAGCAGUGAACUAGCUUUGUUCUACGAAAAUGGUCCCUUUCAGUUUACCAAGAACUUGUCUCUUGUGUGGAACGACUAUGGCUGGGAUAAUGCAUCAAAUAUUUUAUUUGUAGACCAACCCACGGGGACGGGUUUCAGCUACACUUCUGAUGACAGUGACAUUCGACAUGAUGAAGAGGGUGUUAGCAAUGACUUGUAUGACUUCUUGCAGGCAUUUUUCAAGGAGCACCCUCAGUUCACUAAGAAUGACUUUUAUAUUACUGGGGAGUCAUAUGCUGGACACUAUAUUCCAGCUCUUGCAUCCAGGGUUCACCAAGGAAACAAAGCAAAAGAAGGAAUUCAUAUAAAUCUAAAGGGUUUUGCAAUUGGUAAUGGGUUAACCAAUCCUGAAAUCCAGUACCAGGCGUAUACAGACUAUGCAUUAGACAGGGGACUGAUUAAAAAGGCUGAUUAUGACAGAAUCAAGAAGUUGAUCCCACCAUGUGAACAGGCCAUAAAAACUUGCAGCACUGAAGGUGGAGACACAUGCACAUCCUCGUUAUAUGUUUGCGAUGACAUAUUCAAUCAGAUCUUGUCCGUUGCCGGCAACAUUAAUUAUUAUGACAUUAGAAAACAAUGUGAGGGAAGUCUGUGUUAUGACUUCUCCAACGUGGAGACAUUCUUAAACAAGAAGAAUGUGAGGGAGGCUUUAGGUGUUGGGGACUUGGACUUUGUUUCAUGCAGUAGCACAGUGUAUGCAGCAAUGAUGCAAGACUGGAUGAGAAAUCUUGAAGUGGGUAUUCCUGCUCUUCUUGAGGAUGGAAUCGAGGUGCUUGUCUAUGCUGGAGAAGAAGAUCUCAUUUGCAAUUGGCUUGGGAAUUCAAGGUGGGUUCAUGCAAUGGAAUGGUCAGGUAAAAAAGAAUUUGGGGCAUCUCCUGCAGUCCCAUUUUUGGUUGAUGGUGCAGAAGCUGGAAUGCUGAAAAGCCAUGGACCACUGGCUUUCCUCAAGGUAAACGAGGCUGGUCAUAUGGUCCCUAUGGAUCAACCAAAAGCGGCACUUCAGAUGCUUAGAACCUGGAUGCAAGGGAAACUGACAAUGACAAAGGGUGGAGAUAAUGUCUCUCCUAAAUGAUUCACUCUUGGCACAAAACACCAGCCUUCUCUUUGCAAUAGAUAUUGAUGACAUUUGUUUGUGUAUAUUGGAA